AUGAAGUGUUUAAUUAUAGAGUCGGGUGUGAGUAAGUUGCGGUUGGGCGGGUUGUUGGCGAUGGAUGUCUGUGGCCCGUACGUGGACAGUGGUCCCACACUGGACAAGGGUUUGACGCAGCAUGAGAAGACGUUUAACGAGUCGUUUGAAGGGUUGGGUGAGUCGGGUAGGGCGUACUUGCGGACGGCGGUUGGUGUGUCUGCUUCUGACCAGUUGUUCGUUCGUUGGCUGCUGGAUCCAUGGACGGAGACAGAGUGCGCGGAUUCGUGGUUGGAUGAAGUGUUGGAUGAGGAGCCCGUACGACUGGCGCCUGAGGAGUAUUUUCUGGAUGGGCAAGAACUCCAUCGCCUGAAGCAGUUGUCUGUUCUAGCACCCCGCUACUUGAGUACAGCCGAGAAGAGCCGCCUGGUGCAAUCUGUGUGGAAGUGGUUGGAGAACACAAGUAUCACGAUACAUCUUGAAGAUGAGACAGUCGUGUCGUUGAAACCGAAAGAUGAAGCACGCGUCCGAGGUCUCCCGUGGCUAUCGCAGCAGCACAUCCAGUUGUGGCGCUGGAGUAGCCACAUAACUAACGCUCCUGCCAUCGCCUGGCGCGUCACCGACCCUGAAGGUCGCUUGUACCACGCCAGCACCAUGCUACCGCCGCCCCACGAAGACGACUGGCCCUUCGAUAGCAUCCACCAUUCAGCACCCAACCCUGACCGAGUCACCACAGAAUGGUCCCCCGAAGAACCAGGCAACCAACUACGACGCGGGCCGGAGACCUCUGCCAUUGGGGAAGAACAACUCUUCGUCUUGCCCGUCCAAGAAUGGGCCAGACUCCACGAAGUACUCGGAUCAAACCGCUUCGAACAGUUCAUCUUCGAAUUCAAAAGGUACCUACAGAAAUACCCAGAAUGUCGCGUCAACUUCGCCGACGGACGCACUUUCACUCUCGUACCGGAAGAAGACGGCCUCACCUGGCACGCCAAGAUCAACCCGGACGCAAAGGCCAACCCUGACCGCCAGUAA